CCAAGUUAGUGAGAUGAAGGGUGGAGGUUCUUCCAUGGAUGGAGAUGGAAGAAGAGAAGAGGAAGAGUGCUGUGAGUACACAUUGGAUGGAUCAGUGGACAUUAAAGGUAGACCAGCCAUCAAAGGAAAGACUGGUGGAUGGAUAGCUGGAAUUCUUUUGUUAGUGAAUCAGGGACUGGCAACGUUAGCAUUUUUUGGCAUCGGCGUAAACUUGGUCUUGUUCCUGACAAGAGUACUGCAGCAAAACAAUGCCGACGCAGCAAACGCCGUCAGUAAAUGGACAGGAACUGUGUACAUCUUCUCCCUUAUCGGAGCCUUCCUCAGUGACUCCUACUGGGGAAGAUACAAGACUUGUGCCAUCUUCCAAAUCAUCUUUGUGCUUGGCUUGGUGCUACUAUCCUUGUCUUCGCACCUCUUUCUGCUCAAGCCCUCUGGUUGUGGAGACGAGGAGACCUUCUGCGGACCCCACUCAGGGCCAGAGGUUGACGUGUUCUACCUUUCCACGUACCUCGUUGCCCUUGGGAAUGGUGGGUACCAGCCCAAUAUAGCCACAUUAGGGGCCGACCAAUUUGAUACGGAGGACCCGGUGGAGGCCCGCUCGAAGGUGUCAUUCUUCAGCCACUUCUAUUUGGCCCUCAACUUGGGCUCCCUCUUCUCCAACACUUUCUUGGGCUACUUUGAGGACAAUGGCAUGUGGGCCUUGGGCUUUUGGGCUUCGACAGGGUCCGCUUUUAUGGCGCUAGUCCUAUUCCUUGGUGGGACCCCUAGGUACCGGCACUUCAAGCCAGGAGGCAACCCCUUCUCUAGGCUGUGCCAGGUCAUCGUGGCAGCCUCGAGAAAAUGGAGGGUCAGGAUCCCUCCAGGUGGCCACAAUCUGUAUGAGGUUGAUUUCAAGGAGGAGCUUGCAGUAUCUAAUGGGCAUAGAAGGCUUCUUCACACUGAGGGUUUCGAGUUUCUAGACCGAGCUGCGUUUAUCGAUUCCGACCUCCAAGACCAAUUGAUCCCUCGGGACCCCUGGCGCUGCUGCACCAUCACCCAAGUCGAAGAGGUGAAGUGUGUCCUCCGACUCAUCCCCAUAUGGCUGACCACCAUUCUCUACUCCGUUGCUUUCACACAAAUGGCCUCCCUCUUCGUCGAACAAGGCGAUGCAAUGAACACCACAAUUGCAGGCUUCGAAAUCCCUCCAGCAAGCAUGUCGGCCUUCGACAUCCUUAGCGUCGCGGUCUUCAUCCUCCUCAACCGCAGGCUGCUCACCCCUCUUGUGUCGAGGCUCAAAAAGGAACCCAAAGGACUAACCGAGCUGCAACGCAUGGGAAUUGGACUCAUCGUUGCAAUCAUAGCGAUGGUUGCUGCUGGAACAGUCGAGAUAGUCAGGCUAAAGCAUGGCUGCAAAGGCUGCAAAGAUGAUGAGAGCUCUCUCAGUAUCUUAUGGCAAAUCCCUCAGUACAUGCUGAUAGGAGCUUCCGAGGUGUUCAUGUACGUGGGUCAGCUAGAGUUCUUCAAUGAUCAAGCGCCGAAUGGAUUGAAGAGCUUCGGUAGUGCGCUUUGCAUGGCUUCAAUCUCGUUAGGGAACUAUGUGAGCAGUCUCCUUGUGACGAUCGUGAUGAAGAUCACGACCGAGGAUAACCGGCCGGGGUGGAUACCGGGGAACCUUAACAAAGGUCAUAUGGAUAGAUUUUACUUCCUCUUGGCUGCCCUUACCAGUGUAGACUUUGUGCUAUAUGUGGCUUGUGCUAGAUGGUACAAGUGCAUCAAGUUAGAAGGGAGGUGUGGGGGUGAUGAGGGGGAUUCUAGGGUCUAA